UGUUUUUGGUUCAUAAAGAAGCUAAGCUGGCUUGAAACUUUAGAAACUUUGACACCGGUCUUGUUUAUAAGCACUUGAAAACAGGGGAAGAAACAGAGCACACAACCCAUCAUUUCAAAGCAAAAGCAAAAGAGAAAGAAAGAAAGAAAAAGAAAAAGAAAGGGGAAAAAAAAAAAGAAAAAAAGAAAAAAAACCCAGAAAAUAAAAAAGAAAGAAAGAAGAUAAUAAAGAGAGGAAUUGAAGGAAGAGGAAGGGUUUCUGUGAAGAGCAGAAGAUGAUGCAGACAUACGAGCAGGGUCAGCAACAGCAACCUCAGCAGCAGCAGCAGCAGCAACAGUUAAUGGUGCAGAACUCGGGAAGCCUGAGCUUCAACAGCAAUCUCUCCAAGGAAGACGAAGAGAUGUCCAGGUCGGCCCUCUCCACCUUCCGAGCCAAAGAGGAAGAGAUCGAGAGGAAGAAGAUGGAGGUGAGAGAGAAAGUUCAAGCCCAGUUGGGUCGUGUUGAAGAAGAAACAAAACGUUUGGCCGUGAUUCGCGAGGAGCUUGAAGCGCUAGCAGAUCCAAUGAGGAAGGAAGUUGCACUGGUUCGGAAGAAGAUUGAUACCGUAAACAAAGAAUUAAAACCACUAGGGCAUACUUGCCAGAAGAAGGAGAGGGAAUACAAAGAAGCACUCGAGGCAUUCAAUGAAAAGAACAAGGAAAAAGUACAGCUGAUUACAAAAUUAAUGGAGCUGGUAAGUGAAAGUGAGCGUUUGAGGCUGAAGAAGCUGGAGGAGCUGAGUAAGAACAUAGAUUCCAUACACUGAUAUAGCCUAUUGCUGAUAACUCUGAUUAGGUCUGCGUGAUGUAUUUAAGAUGACUUUUUUUUUCUUUUUUUCUUUUUUUUGUUUCUUUAUAUUUAUAUAUAAGGGUGUUUGGAUUGGUGUAUUCUAUGUUUGUUUGUUUCAUUAGAAUUUGAUAAAAACAUGAGCUGAUUUAGGCAGGGAAAUACCCUAUUAAUUAAAGAGGUUUGUAACUAAAUGUUUCUGAA